UUUAUAUAUUAGCAACUUAGCCAAUGGAGGCAGUUAACCGGAAAAAAGUGCAAGUUGCCGUGAAAAAACACUAAUGUCAGCCAACACUGUGUAAGGUAGGGAAAUUAAAGUGGAAAACUUUUUCCGUUCCUCUGGUUAGUAUCGUCGUGUGAGAGUAAGAUCAAAGGUGCAGUUGCGAACCCAGAAUUCAGCUCACUGAUUGGCUGCUGAUGGAUGAAGUCAACCUACACAGCAGGUUCCUGAACUGGCGUAGGAGGGCUCGGGUGGUCCGUGCCCCGCCCGUUCAGGAACGCUACGAGAGGAUACAGAAGGAGGGGGACACUCUGAGAUACCAUGAGAACGCUGAUAAAGUUGGGUGCUAUGUGGCUGCCCGGCCACUUUCUAAGGAGAACCGCUACUUUGAGGUGACCAUACUGGACGCAGGAGUGCGGGGGACGAUCGCGGUGGGCCUGGUGCCGCAGCACUACCAGCUGGACCAGCAGCCCGGCUGGCUCCCUCACUCCAUCGCCUACCACGCCGACGACGGCAGGUUGUACAACGGGGACGGGAGGGGUCAGCAGUUUGGUCCCAAGUGUAAACGUGGCGACCGGAUCGGCUGCGGGGUUUACCUGGAGAGGGCGGAGGCGGGCCUGGUCACCGUCUUCUUCACCAGGAACGGCAAUGAGGUGGGCUCCGUGCUGGUGCCUCAGGCUCUAGACAGGCUCUACCCUGCAGUUGGGAUGCACUCUCUGGGGGAGGAGGUGAGGCUGGACCUGGAGGCGGAAUGGGAGGGCGUGGCUGAAGAAGACAGCGCCAUGGUGGUGGACAGCGGGGAGGAAGACUGGGUCCGACUGCACGACGUCUGCAUUCGCGGCACGCUGUUGGAGUACACAGGGAAGGGGAAGAGUAUAAUGGACGUGGGCCUGGCCCAGGCGCGGGCUCCUCUUAGCACGCGCUCUCACUACUUCGAGGUGGAGAUCGUGGAUUCCGGAGAAAAGUGUUACAUUGCCCUGGGUCUGGCGCGGAGGGAUUACCCUAAAAACAGACACCCAGGGUGGAGUCGAGGAUCGGUGGCCUACCAUGCGGACGACGGGAAGGUUUUCAACGGCAACGGGGAGGGGGACCCCUUUGGCCCCCGCUGUUUCGAGGGGGACAUCAUGGGCUGCGGGAUCCUGUUCCCCCGGGACUACAUCCAGGAUGGCGACGAUGACGGCGAUGAUAUGGACUCCUUCGAGAUGCAGAAUAUUCUCUACCUGAAUGAUGAAGAUGAGGAAGAGGACAGAGAGGACAAAGAGGAGAUGGAGCCGGAGAGUGAGGCCAGGAAGGUUAUGGUGUUCUUCACCCGAAACGGGCAGGUGAUGGGGAAGCGGGAGGUGGGGGUGCCGGUGGGGGGGCUGUACCCCACCAUCGGCAUGCUGAGCAGCGGCGAGAGGGUCAAGGUGGACCUGCACCCCCUGAGCGGCUGAGGAGGGAUGUAGACACGCC